CGUCCUUCAUAAGUCUACUCUAACAGCCGUCAGCGCUUGCUUCCGACACAUCCGUCAAAUUACUCAAUAUUCUCCUCCAUUCGCUCCUUGUCCAGACCCUGCCCGGGGUAAAACGCAAACCCCAGUCUCGCAACAUGUCCGACGGCCAACCUGUCGCCGGGAGCGUCUACUUCUACGCUCCCAACAAGGGCGCCGCCAUCUUCGGUGCCGCUGCCUUCUUUGCGUCGACUGCUUGGCAUAUCUGGCAGUGCUAUCGUCUGAGGGCCUGGAAGGUCACUACCCUGAUUCCCUUUGCGAGUCUGCUGUUCACGGUUGGCUUCGCACUUCGUGCCUAUGGCGCUUGGAACUAUGACAAUGUCGACGUGUUUCUGGCCAGCACCGUUCUGAUCUACACGGCUCCCCCCAUCUACGAGUUGGCCAACUACCACAUUCUGGGCCGUAUCCUCUAUUAUGUCCCAUACUGCUCUCCGAUCCACCCCGGCCGUACCAUGACCACCUUCGGCACCAUCUCCGCCGUGGUCGAGGUCCUCAACGCCCUCGGUGUGAGUUGGUCCAUCAAUCCCAAGAUCCCCUCGGAUCUGGCUAGUCUCGGCGAGACUCUUCUCAAGGCCUCCUUGAUCAUCCAGAUUGUCGUCAUCCUCAUCUUUGUCGGCUUCGUGGCUUGGUUCCAGUACCACGUCAAGAAGCGUGGCCUUGACAUUGGCAGCGUCAACGCGCCCUGCCUGACCAUGUAUGUAACCUCAUUCCUGAUCUUCGUCCGCUGCAUCUACCGCACGGUCGAGCACUUCGGGGCCGAGGCUCUGCGCACCGUCAAGCCCGGCGACAUUGGUUCCAUCAGCCCCAUCAUCCGCUACGAGUGGUUCUUCUACGUCUUCGAGGUCCUGCCCAUGAUCGCCUACACCUUCCUCUGGAACGUCCGACACCCUCGCAAGUACCUGCCCCAGAACCACAAGCUGUACCUUUCCAUGGAUGGCGUCACGGAAGUCGAGGGUCCUGGCUGGACCGACGACCGCGCCUUCGUCGUCACCGCCAUCGACCCCUUCGGCUUGUGCGGCGGCCGCAAGAACAAGGAAAAGCCGUUCUGGGAGGAGACAAGCAUUUCCGCCACGUCCUCUGCCAAAUAAGCUAGCUUCGGCCGCUUUCGGCUUCUAGCGGUGACCAUCAGGGACCUUUACUGCGGCGGACAGGAUCGCCGACAUAAAUGGGAGGAAGACACGAGAAAGUUGUCGUACGGGCAAGCUUUCGUCUCAAGUGAACGAGACUCUUUCCCAUCUAUGGAUAAAGGAACCUUGGGUUCAGUUGUCUU